AUGGAAAUAAUUAUGACACGUGCUAGUCUUGUGCUAGUAAAAUCGAUGUUAGUCUCACUGACAGUGGAUCGAACAACAGCGGAACCAGGCAAUACCGUUAAGUUCACAAUAAAAGCAGAUCCGGAAUCGUAUUGCUCUCUGCUUGCUGUCGAUCAGAGUGUUCUGCUUCUGAAGUCCGGCAAUGAUAUUACAACCGAUUUGGUAGAUGUUCAAAUUGCAGUGGAGCAAGAUGUGGAGCAAUAUGAUACAACGGGCGGUCAACGAGGAUAUCGACCCUGGGAAGCAGUAUAUAGCCGCCGAAGACGCUCACUAUGGUAUCCAUGGUGGGGAAUCGGUGGAAGAGAUGCAUAUACGGUCUUUGAAGUUAGUUGCUGUUUUUUCUUGAACAUUUGUUCAAAACUUCAUUAA